CAUGCGCCGCGCUCAGGCUCCGCCUCUGGCCGCCGUGAGCAGGUUGUUUUUAUGAGGCGUCACCAGCAGCGAGGGUCACAGCCGCCACCGCGAAAGCGCACCUUGGCGGAGGUGUCCGCGUCUGGCCUGAGCAAUGUCUGAGAAUUCCAGCGACAGUGACUCUUCGUGUGGCUGGACUAUCAUAGGUCAUGAGGGCUCCGACACAGAGAUGGUGACCCCCAGCAACGGUACAGAAGGCUGCACGCUCAGCUCAGAGCUGCCAUCUCUGGGGCAGGAGGAGCUGCAGACGCUGCCGGCACUGCAGGAAGAAAGCAUCCAGGAUGGCACUGCCUUGACAGAAGAGACUAUGGAUCUAACCUUUCAGACAGAGGAAGAAGAGUCCCGCGGAGACAAUGUCUGUUUUGGAGCUGCCAGCGAUGAUUCUGAUAUUGUUACCCUUGAGCCACCUAAGUUGGAGGAAGUGGGAAGUCAAGACUCUGCGAUUGCUGAGGAGGCGCACAUCCUGGAAGACCUCAGCAUGGGCUCCUCGUCUAGCAGCCGGUACAACUUCUGCCAACCAGAAGCCGUAUUUCUGUCUCAGCAUGUCUGCGAUGGAUCCAGCAGUGAUGAGGCCAGCGAUCAGCGUAGUUCUGGCCUCCGCCGGCGCCGAACCUUGCUCCGGAGGAAGGUGGAGGUCUGGGUCAAGGAGUGGGAACAUCGGGACACAGGGCCUCUUGCAGAGCCUCCGAAGCGUCAGUGUGGCAGGGUCGGCAAGUGCCUGGUGCUCGCCCUAGUGGUGGCGGUCAGCCUGGGCUUGGGACAUUUCUAUGGCACAGUUCAGAGUCAGAGGUGGCAGCAGUCAGUCCAGAAGCCUCCAGAGGACACUGCAAGUGAUGUGAUGGGUUACCUGCCCCAGCACGCCCGGGUGCCAGAGCCCCCUCUAGACGCCAAGCUUUCGAAAGACAUUCUUAGAAGGUGUCGGCUCCUGACUGCAGCUGAGAAAAUGUCCCUUGAAACUCAGAAAAAGAGACUUGCUACCCAAAAUCACCACUUAAGAGUGUCUCUGGAGAAGGGGGAGAGUGCUAUGGGUUCACUCCAGGAGGAAGCUGGGAAGCUGAGAGAGCAGAUUCAAAUACUGGAAGAGAAAGGUACAAGUGCUGACUUAAUCCUAGAAAAUCAGAAGCUCAGGCAGCAUUUGGAGGACGCAAAGCAGAAGAUACACAGCUUCCUUAAUCAAAGGGAGCUUCUCCUGGCAGAAACCCAGACGCUGCGGAGUGAGCUGGAGCGAGAACAGAAAGUGGCGGCAUCUCUGCGGAAGGAGAUACUGCAGCGCCAGCCUGGUCGCUGGCAGGCCAAGCCUGGUUCUUCCCAGGAGGAGGAGAUGGCAGGGUUACGGGAAAGAGUGUCGGAGCUGGAGCAGAAGCUGAGCUUGGAGCAGCAGCGCUCUGACCUGUGGGAAAGACUGUAUGUCGAAGCCAAAGACCAGAAUGGAAAGCCAGACACUGGGAGACAGAAAGGCAGCAGAGGACACCACAGGGCGAAGAGUAAGUCAAAGGAAACAUUUUUGGGAACGGUAAAGGAAACUUUUGAUGCCAUGAAAAAUUCUACCAAGGAGUUUGUGAGGCAUCAUAAAGAAAAAAUUAAGCAGGCUAAAGAAGCCGUGAAGGAAAAUCUAAAAAAGUUCUCCGAGUCAGUUAAAUCCACUUUCCGACAUUUUAAAGAUACCACCAAGACCAUCUUUGACAAAAAGGGCAAUAAAAGAUUUGGGGCUACCAAAGAAACGGUGACUGAAAAAAAAAACCCAGUAUUUAGUGACUAUUCACACCCACAGCCUAAGGCACCUUCCCCGAGCCAGAAGGCCCGCAGCCCCACGCAGAGGGACCAAAAGAGAGGACAGCCCACUCCCCGGCCAGGGCCCAGGGGAGCCACGUGUGUCCACAGGGACAGUGGUGCCUAUGGCAGACAACGAGGUUGUGGGUCUCCCCGAGAGGCUGCUGAAAGCACUCAGGAAGAGCCUUUUAGCCCUUGCAACAUGGUGGUGAAUCCUGUACUGAUGGGUGAAUUUAGGCAAAUAAUUAGAAGAUACUUGUUAAAAGAGCUGCAUGCAUUUCACCAUUGGGAAGAACUUAAUGAAUUCAUCAAUCAGUUUAUCGUUAAUGGUCUCUUCACAAAUAGUCAGCAGAUCUUCGCAGACUUUGUUAGUGAUGUUAAGGACUACCUUAAAAGCAUGAAGGAGUAUCAAGUAGAUCACGGAGUGCUUGAGAAGCUGGAUGGAUACAUCUGCAGAUACUUGGCUGGCAGUCUAGCCGCCCCGCACAGACCCAGUCGACCUGAUAAAAAGCAACGUAUGGUAAAUAUUGAAAACUCCAGGCAUGGCAACGAGCAGACGCACCCUCAGCCGCAGCCUCGUAACAGGGAAGGUAAAUGGCAUAGUAACUGUGGUGGUACUGAUGGAGGACACGUGGCAACGGAAGUAGAACUGGGGCAGCAGCCUUUUGGUCCUAAAUACUAACCACAAUGGCAUUUAAGUUAGAACACGAAGACACAUGGAUGCUUUCUGCACUGGUUGGUGUGGAAGCCAAGAUGGGAUUAUCGAGAGGACGUCACCACUUUGCAUUUUCGUGUUUGAAGAGAUCAUGGCUUCAGAGCAGUACUUACAGCAUCAGUCAGAAGCUUACUGCUGACCUGCACUUAGUAGUUUAGCUUUGUUGAAACAGAUACAUUUUCAGCACUGGAAAAUGCAGUAGUUUAAGGAAGCCAGGCAUGCAACAGACUAUGCAUGAGCUGAGCCUUCUGUCCGCGCCACGUGUGACAGAGUAACACCACUGAGUUGGAGCUGCACGAUGUGCGCUGCGGUGGGCAUCUCUAACCUCUGCUGACCUCUUCCACUUGUCUUUGUGGGUUCAAGUGUGCUGACCUGGGAAGCUUGCUGCUCUCA